AUGGCCUCAAAAGAUUUGGGAAACAGGUCCGUUAUGCACUCCACGACGCGUCAGACGCGUUCAAGAACACUGCUCGGCCUUAACAUUUCAGCAGAAGAGCCUCACAAACCCGAAAUCAGUUACAAAGCAGAACAAAGUUCCCAAACACAGGCAGCAUCUUUAAAACAGUUGCCAUCCAACUUGAAGGCACAUGACACGAAACUUCGCAAGCGGGACCAAGCUCUAUUGAAACGGAAACAACAGUGGCUACGGGAGUAUGACCUCGACAUCCCGCAGUCGUUUGCGAAGCACAAGAUAUCAGUUGACGCCACUCUCGUCUUCGCACAGGAAGAGGCGGGGACAGCAGUUUGCAUCUCGGCAGAGGGGCUCCUCCUGACGUGCUCCCACUGCGUUGCCGAGAGUGAACAAGAUUUGAGUGAAAACAAGACUUACUGGCUUCUGUUUCGUUCCGGGAGCGUAGUCGCAGCGAAGUGCAUCGCCUGGGACGAGAAGCGCGACCUAGCUCUCCUACAGAUUACCGCAGCGCAACUCUAUUUGCCAACCGCGAAAUUCCCCUUCGCUUUGAUACAUGAUGCUGCACCACGGGUUGGAGCGAGAAUCGUGUGUGUGGGACACCCCGGCAGCGAAGACCUUGAAGCCUCGCAACCGGGCAUCAAGACCAACUACGAUGUGCUGCACGUGAGUACAGGCGUAUAUCAUGGUUGCGCCGAGGAACAGGAUGUUCAGGACAAUUUAGAGAUUGGUGCGCUGAUGCACGACGCUUGGACGUACUGGGGACACUCCGGCGCUCCUCUGCUCUGUUGGAAGAGCGGCCGCAUCAUUGGACUGCAUUCCUCAUGGGACGACCAAACUGGAAUGCGACGAGGAAUCGCUUUACAAGCUAUCCAGAAGUUCUUGGCUCUACAUGGGACCGCAACAGGCACGGAAGAAACGCAGGAGUGCUCGGCAACCCUAGCCGGCUGA